UUUCAGUGAGUAGACCACUCUGCGGACCUCGCGCAUACACACGCUCUUGUGCAAAGUCAAUUCUCUCGUUGACACGUUCCUAUCAUUUUAAGUUCAAAAGGUAACAGCCAUUUGAGCUUCUGUCAUAACUGCGAGGGAUCAUCUUCAGCUUGGUGUUACAUCAAGAACCGGGGAUUGAAUCCUCCUGCAGAAAGUUGUCGUCAGUUUGAUUGCAUAGGUCAGCGAGUGCUCACUCACCAUGGCCUACUGUGUGGUCCAGGCUGCCCUCCUACUGGCUCUUGUCGCCUCCGCCCUCGCUGCUGUCGCCAUUGGUCCAGCGCUCUCCAACCCAGAUCAUCCGGGCAUGUGCUGGAUCCCCAAACAUAACAAAGCGUACUCUGAUGGCGGUCAUUGGCAGGAACCUCAGUGUAUGAGGGCCACCUGUGUCUCUUAUCGGUCAGAACUCUACGUUGAGUACGCCACGUGCGGCGCGGUGGGUGGUGAGCCCGGGUGUAAAACUGUCCAGGACCUGUCACUGCCUUACCCAAGCUGCUGCCCGGCCGUGUCCUGUCCUGACCUCGACCCCGCAGCCCUAAAGGGGGAAGAGUAUGGCGAGUUCACCAACUGGAUCGGGGACUACUACGAUCAGUCCACCCCCAUAGCCUAGGAGGCGUCCGGGAUGGUGCUGGGGAGUCCUAGGAAGAGGUGUUCUAACAGCGACCCAUGAAGGGUCCAGAACGCUUCCAUGGAAGGCUCUGGAAGUGUUCUAGGUUUCAAGAAGAGCUCAUUUCCGUCUCUACCGUAUUUAAAGCACCAUAGACUUGGAACGUAUUAUCCCUGGAACACCACAGCCUAGGGUUUCUCAGUUAAGAUGCAGUCUGCCCCUACCUUCCCUGAGCUAGGAUGAACUCCCAGCUUAAGGACAAUUCUGUUAAUAAGCACUUCAUUCCUAGGACUACCCACAUAAGUAAUAAAGCCUAGGGCUUUCCAGAUGAAGGAUGAUGUUCUAGGACAAACCCCACACACGGUGCUCCUCAACCCUGGGACAUACUGGUCAAGCUGUCCUACUCGUAGGGUAUUAUUUCUACGAAGAAGUUCAGAGUUCUUCUUCCAUAUUCACAAACAGGAUAUUUUUUUGUUUAUGUAACAUGUCGACCAUUAUUUAUUUUUUGUACAGUUUGUGUAAUGUGUUAACGUGGUGGUGUUGUUGAAGUGGUGUCUCCUGGCCUACAGACAACACUGAUCUCUGGAUGAUCUCCUGAUGGUACAGUCCAAGGAGUUCCAUUCAGUAGUUAAUGUAUUUUACUGAGCAGAAACAACUAAAUAUAAGAUAUAAGCGAAUCAAUAUGAAUAGUGAAAA